CCUCCAGUCAGCUGACUCCGGACGCCAUUUUGUCAGCCAUUUCCUUCACUGAUCCAUUGCCAGCGUCUCUGCUCCGCUCGGGACGCCCGUCUGGCCUCAGCAGCUUCUCCCGGCCGGGUUCGCUCAACGGCACGGGACCCAGCUCACACGGUACCCGGGUGGACGAGAAGCGGCCCAGCGGGUCCGUCCGCCUCCCCCUAGACCUCCGCAGUAGCAGCUGGCCCCGCGGGACGCGCGUCCGAGUCAGUCAUGGCUCUGAAGAUUGUCAAAGGGAGCAUCGAUCGGAUGUUCGAUAAAAACCUCCAGGAUUUAGUACGUGGCAUUCGGAACCACAAGGACGACGAGGCCAAGUACAUCUCGACGUGCAUCGAUGAGAUCAAACAGGAGCUCAAGCAAGACAACAUCGCCGUCAAAGCCAAUGCUGUGUGCAAGCUCACCUAUCUUCAGAUGCUGGGUUACGAUGUCAGCUGGGCUGCUUUCAACAUCGUGGAAGUGAUGAGUUCUUCAAAAUUCACAUAUAAGAGAAUCGGGUAUCUAGCCGCCUCGCAGUGUUUCCACGAAAGCACCGACGUCAUCAUGCUGACCACAAACCAGAUCAGAAAGGAUCUCAGCAGUCCCAACCAGUACGACACAGGUGUCGCCCUCACAGGCCUCUCUUGUUUUGUAACUCCUGACCUGGCUCGAGACCUCGCCAAUGACAUCAUGACACUGAUGUCCCACACUAAGCCGUACAUCAGGAAGAAGGCUGUUCUGAUCAUGUAUAAAGUCUUCUUGAAGUAUCCGGAGUCGCUGCGUCCUGCUUUUCCCAGACUUAAGGAGAAGCUGGAGGAUCCAGACCCAGGUGUUCAGUCGGCGGCCGUAAACGUGAUCUGUGAGCUGGCCCGUAGAAAUCCCAAGAACUACCUUUCUCUGGCUCCCCUUUUCUUCAAACUCAUGACUUCUUCUACUAAUAACUGGGUUCUCAUUAAGAUCAUCAAACUGUUUGGUGCGCUCACUCCGCUGGAGCCUCGGCUGGGGAAGAAGCUGAUCGAACCACUGACCAACCUGAUCCACAGUACCUCCGCCAUGUCUCUGCUGUAUGAAUGUGUUAACACUGUUAUAGCAGUGUUGAUUUCUUUGUCCUCUGGGAUGCCCAACCACAGUGCUAGUAUCCAGCUCUGUGUGCAGAAGCUGCGAAUCCUGAUAGAAGACUCGGACCAGAACUUGAAGUACUUGGGUCUGCUGGCAAUGUCAAAGAUCCUGAAGACUCACCCCAAAUCAGUGCAGUCCCAUAAGGACCUCAUCCUCCAGUGUCUGGAUGACAAAGACGAGUCCAUCCGCCUCAGAGCGCUGGACCUGCUGUACGGCAUGGUGUCCAAGAAGAACCUGAUGGAGAUCGUGAAGAAGCUGAUGCUGCACGUGGACAAAGCAGAGGGAACCACCUACAGAGACGAACUUCUCACCAAGAUCAUCGACAUCUGCAGCCAGAGCAACUACCAGUACAUCACCAACUUUGAAUGGUACAUCAGCAUCCUGGUGGAGCUGACCAGACUGGAGGGCACGCGCCACGGCCACCUCAUCGCCUCUCAGAUGCUGGACGUGGCCAUUCGGGUCAAAGCCAUCCGGGCCUUCGCUGUCGCCCAGAUGGCGACUCUGCUGGACAACGCUCACCUGCUGACUGGGAACACGCAGCGAAACGGCAUCUGUGAAGUUCUGUAUGCUGCAGCCUGGAUCUGCGGAGAGUUCUCAGAGCAUCUGGAGAACCCCGCGCAGACUUUGGAGGCCAUGCUCCGGCCUAAGGUGGCCACCCUCCCGGGUCACAUCCAGGCCGUGUACGUGCAGAACACGGCCAAGCUCUUCGCCACCAUCCUGAAGAGCCAGGAGGGGAACGCCGACGGCACCACGUCCGAGGAAACCACGCAGCUGAUGAUCGACCGGCUGCCUCUGUUUGUCCAGAGUGCAAACCUGGAAGUGCAGGAGAGGGCGUCCUGCAUCCUGCAGCUCGUCAAGUACAUUCAGAAACUGCAGCAGAAGGACGUGGAGGUGGCAGAAGAAGUCAGCGCUCUGUUUGCUGGAGAGCUGAACCCGGUAGCGCCCAAAGCGCAGAAGAAAGUUCCUGUUCCUGAAGGCCUGGAUCUGGACGCCUGGAUCAACGAGCCUCCGUCUGAAAGCGAGUCUGAGGAUGAGCAGCCAAAGGCCAUUUUUACCAAGGAGGAGCCGAAGCACUCCCGGCCCCGGCACACGGAGGUGGAUGAGAAGGAGCUGGCGAAGCGGAGAGAAGCCAGAAAGCAGGAGCAAGCCAACAACCCGUUCUACAUCAAAGCUUCUCCGUCCUCCCAGAAGGUAUAUCAGGACGCUCCUGGAGUGGAGCACAUCCCAGUCGUACAGAUUGACCUCAGUGUGCCUCUCAAAGUCCCAGGUCUGCCCAUGUCUGACCAGUACGUGAAGCUGGAGGAGGAGCGUCGGCAGAAGGAGAGGGCAGAGAAGAAGAAGAAGGAGAAGAAGAAGAGGAAAGAGAAGCGCAGCGGUCGAGGAAAGAAGCACGACUCGGGUCCGGAGAGCGAGGAAGACAUCACACCUGCACACAUGGUGGACAUUGUUACGGAGGAGAUGCCAGAGAAUGCCUUACCCAGUGAUGAGGACGAUAAAGACCCCAAUGACCCCCACAAAGCGCUGGACAUCGACCUGGACAAGCCGCUCGCAGACAGUGAGAAGCUGCCGGUGAGGUCGCACCGGGCAGCAGAGGCUCUCAAGAGCCCCGUGGAGGAUGCAGAGGCGGAAAACGCUGGCCCGCAGGAAUCCAAAAAGAAGAGCAGCAAGGACAAGAAGGAGAAGAAGAAGGACAAGGACAGGAAGAAGAGCAAAGAAGAGAAGAAGAAGAAAAAACACAAACAUGAAGAAAAGGAGGAGGAUCUUCUGGGAGGUGAAGCUGAUGAGCCUGUGGGCCAAUCGGAAGAACCGAGUGAGGUGGCAGCACCGCCUACUUCUACCACUGCGGAGGUUUCGGAUCUGGAUUUCUGGCUGUCAAACGCUCCAGUGUCCUCUAACACCCAGGAAGCACCAACAGUAGCAGCAGCGGCGGCGGCGGCGACCCCUACCACGCCCACUGCGCCCUCCGUCACCGCACCGGUUUCCGAGCCCGAUGAGCCCAAAGAUGCAGAGAUGGAGGAAACUAAGUCCUCCAAGCACAAGAAGAAGAAGCAGAAAAAGGAGAAGGAGGAGAAGGAGAAGAAGAAGAAAAAGAAGCACCACCAUCACCACCACCACCACGGCGAUGGCGGUGUGGAGGAGUCUGUGCAGAACGGUACUGUGGAGGAGGACGAGCCUCUGCCGCCCAUGUCCAAUUACUGCCUGCUGGCCGAGAACGCCUACAUCAAGAUGAUGGGAGAAGAUGCUGAUCAGGUGUGUGACAUUCAGGGGAACCUGCAGGAUGGCAGUCAGGUGGUGGUGUCCGUCAUAUUCGAGAACAAGUGUAGCAGCUUCCUCAAAUCCAUGGAGUUCAACGUCCUGGACUCCCUGAACUCGAAGCUGCAGAGGCCGGAGGGCUCGGGUCCUCACGACGGCCUCACCGUCCCCUUCCAGCUGCCCCCCGGAGUGUCCAACGAGGCGCGGUUUGUCUUCACUGUGCAGAGCAUCGUGAUGCCACAGAAACUGAAGGGGACGCUCACUUUCAUUGUGAAGAAUGAAGACUCUUCUACUCAUGAGAAACUGGACUUCAAACUGCACUUUACCUGCACCUCCUACCUAAUCACUACUCCUUGUUACAGUGAUGCUUUUGCAAAGCUGCUGGAGUCGGGGGACUUGAAGAGCAGUUCCAUCAGACUGGAGGGAGUCAACAUGCCCUUCCAUCAUCUGCUGGCCAGGAUCUGCUUCCACCACCACUUUUCUGUUGUGGAGAGGAUCGACUCCUGUGCCUCCAUGUACAGCAGGUCUAUCCAGGGUCACCAUGUCUGUCUGCUGGUUAAAACCUCUGCUCAAACCGUCUCCAUCGACGCUAAAUGUGACGAGCCGACGCUGCUUGGGAAUGUGCUGGACGAGAUCAAGCAAACCUUCUCUCAGUGCUGAUUGUGUCUGACGGCCCCACGGUGCCCCCCCCGACUCCGCCAAUGCCAUCCUUUCUCCCCCUGCAACACAAUCGCGUUCCAAAACAACACGGCUGCUGCCGCGUCCAGCAUCAUCCUAUUUAUUUCUAGUCCUGAGAUUUCCAAUCCUGCUCUCCUCUGUUCAUGUUGCUCCUCCUCUGAACUUCUUCUGAUGUUCUCACUGUGCUCCAUCUUUUUUUUUACUCUGCACUCCCUGCAUCUCCACCCUUUCACUCUGUGACGCUCGUUUAAGUUAAUUUUCCGAUGUUAACUGGACUUUUGCUGUUGAUGGUUGAAUCGUGUCGUUACUGUUUGACGUUUUUAUGCUUUUGUCUUCUUUUUGUUUGUUUGUGUUCUCGUCUGAAGCCCGUCUGCGCCUUCAUCUCUACACCUUUUUGUUCUGAUUAUGAAAGAUCAGUCCGUGCUGCUUGUCGAAUAAAUAAACUAUGCUAGUUAAUCUGUUUUAGACCGAUUGGAAUUUAAAAAGAAAAAAAACCUGUUUGCCCAAACAUGGACACCUAUUUACUGACCUGAUGCCUGGAGAAGAUCAGACUCGGGGCAUUUGCAUUGACUUAAGACGGAAGAUGAUUAUGUUCGGCUCUACUGUUGGCUUCGGAGGUUUUGCUCUGUGCCUUAGUCCGUUGAGUCUGACCUGCUCCAGCGUUUCUGAACUAUUGUAGACUUCUCUCCUGAACAUAUCUGCUUCCUGAUCUAAUAAUGUGGACCUCUAAGACUUAUCAUUCCUUCCACCAAUAAAGGACAGGAGUUUGUACAGAGCAAAGUGACAUGUUGGAGAUGCUACUGCACACUGCUGUGGUGCAGGAGGUUCUCGCUCGUCUCGCCUAUUACCUAAAAUGAUACGUUUGUUGUGACUUCUCAAAGAAAAAGGUCAGUUUGUGUCUAAAGGACUAAGCUAUCCUCCGUCAUUCAUUCUGUCUUUAAAUAAAAGCAUUCUGCCUUGUUCUCCAUCCCCUCGUUACCAAAUACCACCAAAACCUUUCAGUUUUUUGUUUUUCCAGCUCUGCAUCUUCUCUGGCAUCCUUGUCCUUGAGCAUGAACCGUUCCCAGAAGCAUCACAGCUCAUACAGUCUCUUCAUGUCCAUCUGCUGUUGUAGAUAACGUGGUAAUGACGUCUGUGACCAGAAGAUCGGGUCAGACAUUCCAUUAGAUCUUCAGUCGGUACAAAAACAGAGGCGGAACAUCGUUAGAAAAUAUAACUGUAUAAACGAUUAUAGUUGAAAAAUCCCAGCAACAACUCUCCUGAUCUUUCCUUAUUGAUCAUUGUGUGCAUAUUAUUAGAUUAAAAUUUGUAUAUUGCAUGAUUAGGAAUGUACACUUUUUAUUUCCCUGUUUGUUUCAUGGACAUGUUUACAUAAACAAGUCAUUCCAUACUGUCCCUUUUUCCUUUUCUUUUUUUUUUUUUUUUUUAAAUGAAGUUUACUUGAUCUUUCUCUUUUUGAUCGUAUUGUGUUUUUAUCAACUAUAAGUUCUGGCUAUUAAACAAAGUUAUAUGAUUGAAUGUUUUAAAUUAUUGAGCACAGGGAAAAGGAAGGGCUUCUGUUUGGUGUCAUUACUCCGAGGGCGUGGGGCUGACAAAAAUUAUGUUGAGCAGAGCAGGUCACAUGAAGAAGCGUACUGAGAAACAUCCCAAAAGCCUGUCAAAAGUCUCUCUUGGUUCAGUUGUAGUUGCUUAUUUCACAAAGUCGGGCUUGUGACAUUGAAAUAUACUCUCAAAAGGACAGAAAUGUAGUGGUCAUGUCUUAUUUCUCCAUGUUCAGCUACUAAGUUCACAAUGUACAAUGCCAUGAUUUAAAGGGGACAGCAUAAACACUCCUUUUAAAGAAAGUCCACUGAAAAUUGGAAAUAAAGACUGUAAGAAGCUGU